UCUAUUCCUUAGUCCGUGGUGUCCACUCUCAGUCUUCUCUCUGCUAGUAGUGAAUUUCGGAACGGAGCCAUUGUGGCUAUGUCAUACACGUUAUACAUUAUAAAAGUUGUGUGCUUAUAUGUAAUUAUGGCAUUUGUGAAAUAGUUUUUCUUUCAUUGUAAUUACAAAAAUCGUGUAAUUUAUUAAUAUAUUACGUGAAUAAUAACAAUGUCAAUGGAGACCGUACCGAAAGAUUUGCGUGGAUUAAGGGCAUGUUUAGUAUGUUCUUUGGUUAAGACCUUUGAUCAAUUUGAGUUCGAUGGAUGUGAUAACUGUGAUGAAUUUUUACGUAUGAAAAACAAUAAGGAUAAUGUUUUCGAUUGUACAAGUUCAAAUUUUGAUGGAAUGAUUGCUGUAAUGAGUCCAGAAGAUAGCUGGGUAUGCAAAUGGCAAAGAAUAAAUCGUUUCUGCAAAGGUGUUUAUGCCAUAUCAGUAUCAGGACGAUUACCAGCUGGUGUCAUUAGAGAAAUGAAAAGCAGAGGAAUAGUUUAUAGGCCGCGUGAUACAAGUCAACGUUAAUUAUAGAAAUUUUUGUGUAAUAUUUUGAUAAGAUAAUAUUGAAUUCUUUUCUUAA